AUGCAACAGAUAUUAAAUGCUAGUCCAAUUUUAGAUAAGUUAAAGCAUUUUCAACAAGUGUUAUCAUACAGAAUCCAAUUGACAACUUCACAAAAGGUUAUGCUAUGGAGUUUAGGAGUGGUAGGUACAAGUGCUAUGGUAGUAGGGAUACUUUCAAGAUAUCUUGCCAGAAGACGUGCAAAACCUAUCUUUAAUCCAAGGAUUCAACGAGCCAUCAAUAAAAGACUCUCAAGGAUGAGAAGUCCGAAUGGUGGUAUGGGCUCUGUGGCAAGCAGUGGUGGGCGAAGUAGUCCUAUUGGAUUUAGCGAGAGACUCUCCAUGACUUCUGGUUCUAUCGGUUCUGGUGGUGAUCCUGCCUCUUUAUCACCUCAACAGCUUGGAGUGAUGGGUAUGGAGGCGUUGGAGACUAGCAUCAACUACUGGGAGGACGCGCUGGCCGCGUUUUCGGUGGGCGCGCGGGGCGGCGUAUCGGGCACGCUCGCGCUCACGUCGCCCGAGGAGGCCGAGUUCUGCAGGGAGAUACAGGACCUCUUGCAGAACGCUUAUUUACUGCAGGAGAGAUGUGAGCUGCUGUUCUUAGAUCAGCGGUCGGUUCUCUUCAGGUCGGAAAGCGGCGGGGCGGCGGGGGACGGAUCAGUAGGGCGCCGAACACGCCUGCUCUCAUCGCACACGGCUUCUGAACACACGAGGAAGGAACACCACUCUAGUGCCGAGUCUUUUGCCUCCGCUGAAGAUCAGGUUGCAGAUUUAAGAGAUUUUGAUGAUUUAGCAGAAUCGGUAGCCGAAAUAGAAAAUUAUGAACUUUAUCAAAAUGCUGUAAAAGAGCUAGAAGCUGGAAUACCUUACAGGACGCUCCGCACGGAAGUAGUGGGGUGCGGGUCGGACGCCGAGUUCCUGUGCAAGCUGAGCUGCCUUCGCGCCGGCUUCGAGCGAGCGCUCGCCGACACCGCGGUGCGCGCCUGGCUCGUGGACGCCGGCCGCCAGGUGCUCACCGACCUGCUGCUGUUCGCGGACAAGGAACCAAAAGAAUUUUUAGUCGCAUACGAAGAAAUGGUCUCGUGGACCAGCGAUGUAGCCAAUUGGCAAGCAAUUGAAAACGAACUCAAGAGUAAAGGCGUUAAGGUGGUGUCGUUCUACGACGUGGUGCUGGACUACAUCCUGCUGGACGCGUUCGAGGACCUCGCCGCGCCGCCCGCCUCCGUGCUCGCCGUCGUGCGCAACCGCUGGCUCUCCGACCGCUUCAAGGAGAGCGCCCUGACAACGGCUGUAUGGUCCGUGAUAAAAGCGAAGAGAAGGUAUCUCCAGUAUCCGGACGGUUUCAUGUCGCACUUCUACUCAAUAUCGGAGCACUUGCUUCCAGUGCUAGUUUGGGGCUUCCUCGGACCUUGCGAACGACUGAGAGACGUUUGUGAAACUUUCCAAGCGGAAAUCGUAGGCUUUAUAGCUGAUUUAUUUAGUUUUCAAAAGUGUAGGUACACGACAGUCGAAGACUUGUCCGUAGACAUCAUGCAACAUGCACGCACUCGAGCUACUAACAUCACAGAUAAACUAGCUGAACGAAACUGAACAAAAUCCUAUGUCUGUUAAAUUUUUCCUUGU